UGUCCAAACAAUACAGAUAUCCAGAAUCUAAAAGAUGUGUUAGAAUUCCACCUCUUAGAACUCUCAGAGGAACCUGAUCUGCAACCCAUCCUCCUUUUGCUCUUCCUGUCCAUGUACAUGAUUACAGUGAUUGGAAACCUGUUCAUCAUCCUGGUUGUUGGCUUAGAGUCCCAACUCCACACCCCCAUGUACUUUUUCCUCUCCAGCCUGUCUUUUGCUGACAUCUGCUUCAUUUCCACUACAGUUCCAAAGAUGAUUGUGGACAUCCUAACUCACAAGAAUGUCAUCUCCUAUGUGGGCUGCCUGACACAAAUGUCUCUGCUUAUUCUUUUUGGGUGUAUGGAUUACAUGCUUCUGACAGUGAUGGCUUAUGAUCGGUUUGUAGCCAUCUGCCAACCACUGCAUUAUUCUCUCACUAUGAAUCCUUGCUUCUGCAUCUUCUUAGUUUUUGUGUCUUUUUUAUUUAGCCUUAUGGACUCACAACUGCAUAAUCUAAUUGUCUUAAGGUUUACUUACUUUGAGGAUGUUUCAAUAUCCAGUUUCUGCUGUGAACCUACUCAAAUUCUUAAUAUGGAUUGCAAUGAAAACUUUACCAAACACAUAAUCACUUAUUUUGUUGGCAUUCUAUUUGGUUUUUUCCCCAUCUCGGUAAUAUUGUUAUCUUACUAUAAAAUUAUUUCCUCCAUUCUCAGAAUCCCAUCAUCAGAUGGGAAGUAUAAAGCUUUCUCCACCUGUGGAUCUCACUUGUCAGUUGUAUGUUUAUUUUAUGGAACAAGCAUUGGGAUGUACCUUGAAUCCACUCUAGCACAUUCUGCCAGAAAGAGUGUGGUGUCUUCAAUAAUGUACACAAUUGUGACCCCUAUGAUGAAUCCCUUCAUCUACAGUCUGAGGAAUAAGGACAUUAAAAAUGCCCUAAGAAGGCUGUACAGCAGAAAAUUCUAG